AUACCGGCUGUCCUGUCCUACAAUGUCCUAAAAAUUAGAGUAAUUGAAAUUCGAUGGACUCUCAGCGAAGUACGGCGAUCCAUCUCUAUUCUCUAGUCUCUAUUCUCUUCCCAACUGAAAUUUAUUCACUCUUUAAAUAUCCUCUUUCUCUCUCUUCAUUCUUCUUCUUUGUCUUUUCGAUUCCUUUUUUUAUCUCUCUCUGCGUAACUGAUUAGAGAGAGAAACGCUUUAUAGCGUCUCUUGUCUCUGAUUCUUCUCUUUGUUCUACCUCUUCCGCCAUGGGCUGCUUUGUUUCCCGACCUCAAUCUGCUUCUGACAACACUAAAAGGAUUCGGAAACCAAAGCCAUGGAGGCAUACUGAAGCAAUUACCAAAGCACAACUGACUCAGAUGCGUGAGGAAUUUUGGGACACUGCACCUCACUAUGGUGGCAGGAGAGAAAUCUGGGAUGCACUCCAUGCUGCCGCUGAAGGUGAACUGGACAUGGCGCAGACAAUCAUCGAGAGUGCUGGAAUAAUUGUGCAGAACCCUGACCUGACAGUUUGCUAUGAUGAGAGAGGUGCAAAAUAUGAACUGCCUAAUUAUGUCCUGAGUGAGCCAACCAACAUGGUCCGCGACAACAGUGAUUCUUGAGAAACUUCAAGUUAAAAGUUUGACAAGUGUAAAUUAAUGUAAAGCAAGUACUGUAGUGGUUUUUGUUCGCGUAGAGCUACUGAGAUUUCUCGACCAUUUUUUCUUCCAUAUAUCUUUCUGGAAAUAGGCUCAUUGACUCAACCCGAUUGCUGACGAGAUGGUUUUUGUCUGGUGAACAACAUACUAAUUGCUUAUUAGUCUGGUGAUUCCCACAAGCUGCAAUUGCUCUGCAAAUAUUAGAUGUGAAAUGUUGUUGUAAAAGGUUCAGUAUAAUUUGAUCAUCUUUCUGACGUAUUCGUAAGCUUCCCUACUUGUCUUUGGUUUUAUACAAUUUUUAGUUUUGUUUUCUUUCUUUCUGUUAUGAAGAUUACGUUUAGUUGGUUAGCAUAGAUGCUUAUGAGGUCGAUUAUUUGGAGCCAUUUUUGGCCCCUUUGAGUAGUGCCAAAAAAUUCUGUCUUUAAUUGGAUGCUGGAUUUCAUGGUGCU